CGCUGUUUCCCUACUUGCAAAGCCCUACCUGCAAGUAAACUUGAAUCAUCACCACAAUGCCUACGGAAUUCAUCUCCCUGACCUCACCCAAUGCCUCUACGGAGCUCAACCCCUUAGGCGGCCCCAACGAACCAAUCGACCCCACCUAUCUAAACCGCUACGCGAAAGCCCUCGACGACUAUGCCUUCAACUACACUCUAGUCCCCUACGACAGUUCCUGGUUCGAUCCUUUCACCAUCGGAGCCACCAUCGCAGCCGCAACCAAAAACCUCAAGAUCAUAAUUGCUCUCCGGCCAAACACGCUCUAUCCCACCGUGGCAGCGAAAGCCUUGGCAACUUUGGACCAGCUUUCCUCCGGCCGUGCAGUGGUGCAUUUCAUCGCCGGCGGUUCGGACGCAGAGCAAGCUAAGGAAGGUGACUUUCUCAACAAAGAGGAGCGGUACGGACGUCUUGAAGAGUAUAUCAAGAUCCUGCGCCGAGCAUGGGAGUCAGCUGAACCAUUCGAUUGGGAAGGGAAGUAUUUCCAGUUCAAACAAUUCAGUAAUCGCGUCAGGCCUGUGAAUGGCACGAUUCCGGUCUCCGUUGGGGGUUCAAGUGAUGAAGCGUAUCGAGUUGGUGGGAGUCUGGCUGAUAUCUUUGGCCUUUGGGGCGAGCCAUUGAAGGAGACAAGGGAGCAGGUUGACCGGAUCCAUGCUGAAGCCGAAAAGGCUGGCCGUGCUCCGAAUUGCAGGCCGAGAAUUUGGGUUACGUUCCGACCUAUUGUUGCAGAGACUGAUGAUCUUGCUUGGGCUAAGGCUCAUCGUACGCUCGGUGUGUUGAAGGAGAAUCGAGCGAAUAGAACUGGCAAAGUCCCAGCUGAUGCACCAAAACCGCAGAACGUGGGGUCGCAGAGAUUGCUUGAUAUUGCUGCGAGAGGGGAGGUGCAGGACAGGGCGCUCUGGUAUCCAACUGUUACAGCCACGAAUGCAAGGGGUGCAUCGACGGCACUGGUUGGAAGUUAUGAGACAGUUACUGAGUCCAUCUUGGAUUAUGUUGAUUUAGGGGCGGAGUUGAUUUCAAUUCGGGGGUACGAUAACUUGAAUGAUGCUAUUGAUUACGGGCGGUAUAUUCUGCCAAGGGUUCGGGAAGGUUUAAAGGAGAGGGAGACUCGGGCUCGGGUAGCAUAAAUAGUAUCCUUCGAUUAUC